UUCCUCAGAGAGAGACAGAGAGAGAGAGGGGGGGUUGGGAGGUUGGAGGAGGUGAAGAGGAUAGCUAGGGUUUCGUGCUCCUCCACGCCUCGGAAGCCGGAUCGGAUCCUGCGCUCUCGGCCGGUUGCCUGCCUGGGCUUGAUUCCUUAGCAAUGGCAUCUGGAACUGAUGAGAAAGCCAAGAUGGAGAGUUUGUCAUCAGCUGCAGCCUUUGUCGAGGGUGGGAUUCAGGAUGCAUGUGAUGAUGCAUGUAGCAUCUGCCUUGAGGCCUUCUGUGAGAGUGACCCUUCUACAUUGACUGGUUGCAAACACGAGUUCCAUCUCCAAUGCAUUCUUGAAUGGUGUCAGAGAAGUUCCCAAUGUCCUAUGUGUUGGCAGCCUAUCAGUUUGAAGGAUCCUACCAGUCAAGAGCUGCUUGAGGGAGUGGAGCGUGAAAGGAAUGUAAGGACCAAUCAAACUCGAAAUACAACUAUAUUUCAUCAUCCUGCUCUUGGGGAUUUCGAGGUGCAGCAUCAAGAUGCACUUUUGCAGUUACCUGUUGUUGGAAAUGAUGCUGAACUUGAAGAGCGUAUAUUACAGCACCUAGCAGCUGCCGCUGCAAUGGGAAGGUCACACCACCUUGGUAGAAGAGAGGGACACAGGGGUCGUUCUGGUUCUCAUGGUCGCCCACAGUUUUUAGUUUUUUCUUCGCAUCCAAACAUGCCUUCUGCUGGUUCAAUUUCUUCAUCUUCCGUUCAAGCGGAAGGCGAUAGUGAAUCAAGUCCUAUCCACCUAGCUGGUGAAUUAUCUUUACACGCUAACACCCAUGAAGAAGCAGGAAAUCAAAGUCCUGGGAUGCUUACCUAUGAUGCUGAUCAAGAUGCUGUCGUUUCGUCUGGAAAUAGUACUCCUGUGUCCAGCCCUAGGUUUUUCAACAGGAGGCAUUCCACUGGGCAGUCAACUCCUGUAAACAAUGACAGAGCUGGACCAUCUGAUCUUCAGUCAUUCUCAGACUCGUUGAAGUCUCGCUUAAAUGCUGUCUCUAUGAAGUACAAGGAGUCUAUUACGAAAAGUACUCGAGGAUGGAAGGAGAGACUUUUUUCGCGUAAUUCAUCUGUGGCAGAUCUUGGUUCUGAAGUAAGAAGAGAAGUUAAUGCUGGAAUUGCAUCCGUAUCAAGGAUGAUGGAGCGUCUGGAAACUAGAGGUAACAAUAGUAGAACAAGCGAUGGUCCAGCAACAUCCGCUUCUGAAGCUCGUCCCAGUACAGAAUCAAGCAAUGAGAGAGUUACAGAAAACAAUUCAACUACUGCAGCGACAAGCACUAGCAACACUUCUCCUUGUGUUACAACAUCUGGUUCAAAUUAGUGCAUCUUAUAGGAUCUAAAAGAAGUCCUGCACAUGCAGAUUCUUCUCCAUCAAAGGAUUGCCAUUGCCAUGCAUGGGCAGGUGACCAGAGUUGAAACUGCAACGUCAUGAUGAUGUCAUCCUCAGCAUUGCAUAAACCACCAGAAAAUCGGGAUGACAAUUUGAUGUAUUGGUUUGAUAAAAGGGCUCAGCCCGAGGUAUUACUUACCGUAGGAUGCCGAUUUGUUCUGCUUUUCUCUAUGUAAAAAGGAAAAAAAUCAAGGACGAGUUUUUACCAGUAUAAAUAAUGGAUUUUGUGACAAUAGCACGCGCAAUCGUGAUAAAUAUUAUUGACAGCAGCGUUACUCA